GAAAAACGUUGCAAAAAGUUAAAUUAAAGAGGCUCUUUCACAAGUCAACCUUUCUUUUUCUUUUUCUUUUUUAAUUUUUUAUUGUCGAUAAAUAACCUUCCUUCCUUCUUGUAUUCAAAAAGCAAUGCAACACCACGGAUGGAAAAGGCCCUGUUUAAAUUUGAAUUGGACAGAAAGACCGAUGGGCUUGAAGCCCAAUUUCAGUAGGAUUUGAUCACAGGCGGUUUUAGAAAAAGGAACCAAACUGGGGAGGCAAGAGAGACGCACAACACCCUGAAGAAGAAGCGGGUUUCCGAUUAUGAAAAACUUUACUUCCUCAGCUUUAUUGACUUGAAAGACAAACAUUAGAGGCAAUGGAUCUCUCUCCAUUCAAACGGGACAUUGAUGAGCUAAUAGAUGAGUUUGUUGAGAGUGAAUCAACAACUUUGGCUGAUAUGAAGAAAGUGUGGCUUUCCAGAAAGUUUACCUACAUUUAUGAAGCUAGCCCUUCGAACAAUUUGUCCUUCUUUAUGCAAUCGUUGUAUGCCCAUACAAUUCGUCACAUGGUCAGUACUGCUUCUUUAUCAUGCAGAUUAGGUGGACUUUAUUGCCUUUACUGCCUAUACGAGACUCAAACAUUUAAACCUUCUUUCAAGGUUUAUCUCUCGUUAGGAGAGCUGAAUAAACUUAAAGAUCUUGUCGUUGAGGCGAAGAAUUUGGGUAUCAGAGUUGUACCUGCUUUGGUGAAAAGAAUGCUGAAUAAGAACAUGUUUCUGUUUGGAUCUGUAGACCUAAAUGAAGGCUCUGUUAUGGAGACAGUGAACCAACUCGCAGACUUGCAGAAUGCCCGUAUCAAACUUGCAUAUGAGAAAUUAUUUGCUAGCACUAGAAUUGACCAAUUUCUCCACAUGGACAUGGGUAUGGAAGUUGAUCUGAGUGUGCUCAAGAAAAUGUCAACAGAAUAUACAGAGGCCAAGAAACUAGCCAUUGAAGAAGCGAGUGAGGUGAUUGAUGUUGAAAACAUAAAGCAUAUAUUAGGUGAUAAGGAAUCAUUCGGGGAUGUAGUGGAAAAGAUUACUGAGAAAUGGAAUGCCGAAAGAGAAGUAUUUUAUCAACAAACUAGCUUGAACCAGCAAUCUGCUGAAGAACCAAAACAGUUACAACAGCAGGAUGAGCAGCGAGGAGGUGAUGACGGCUUCGAACAAGAACUGGAACGGCUACUACUUCAAACUUAAGUAACCUUCGAACUUGGCACAGAAUACUUCAAGCAUCUCAUCCUAGUUUGUUGAUCAAUCUCUGGCCACUCGAAUUCUAUUUAGUUCAAAAAAUUUCUACAUUUGUGGAAUUUAUUGAAGAAAGAUCAUGCGUAUGGUGUCUUUUUACCUUCUUCCUCAGCAGUUCAGCAGCAAAAAGUUAUUUGAUUCCUAAAACCAUGGAGGGUUUAAACGAAUGAAGACAUGUAAUGCCGUCCACUACUUGUCACAUUCGGUGCAAAUCUUUUUUAUAUUUACAUUUUUUAUAGGCAUUUAUUGACUUGUAUGUUGAGGAUAACAUUCAAAUUUUGAUAAUUAAUUAAUUAUGUGUGUCUUGUAAGCA